AUCCCCGGUGUGAGUCGGCGGCUGCGUGUAGCGCCGCCCCUCUCUGUUUUCUCAAUUCCCCCCCCUCCGCAAGGGCAGUGGUGCGGUCCGGCAUUGGCCAGACGCCUCGGCCGGCGCUACCACCGCCGCGUAGUCAAGGGCCGUGUCCGCCUCGCCUCCUUCCUCGCCCCCCCAUUGUUGAGGCACAAGUGGAAGAGGCUGCCUCCGCUCGGAACCAGCUCCCGCCGCUGCCGCCGGUGCCGCCGCCUCGCGUCCCCCUCCCCGCUCUCCGCCCCGCUGGUGUAUGAGUGAUUCGUAACCGCGAGCCCCGCCAUGUCCACGCCGGCCCGGAGGCGCCUCAUGCGGGACUUCAAGAGGCUGCAGGAGGAUCCCCCGGCCGGAGUGAGCGGAGCCCCCUCGGAGAACAACAUCAUGGUGUGGAAUGCGGUCAUCUUUGGGCCAGAGGGAACCCCAUUUGAGGAUGGAACUUUCAAGCUUACCAUAGAAUUCACGGAAGAAUAUCCAAACAAGCCACCUACUGUCAGAUUUGUGUCCAAGAUGUUUCAUCCGAAUGUCUAUGCAGAUGGUAGUAUAUGUCUGGAUAUUCUUCAAAAUCGUUGGAGCCCCACCUACGAUGUAUCAUCCAUCUUAACAUCCAUACAGUCUUUACUGGAUGAGCCUAACCCAAACAGCCCAGCAAACAGCCAGGCAGCUCAGCUAUACCAAGAGAAUAAGCGGGAAUACGAAAAGCGGGUCUCCGCCAUUGUAGAACAGAGCUGGCGUGACUGUUGACCUUGGCUGAUGCAAAUGAACACUCUGAUGAGGAAAAUAUAUGUAUGAAGUGUCUGAGUCCUCCUCCUCCUCUUCCUCUUCCUCCUUGCAUCACUGCAUUUACUCGGAAAGCAAAACUAGCUGUCUGUGCUGUGUGGCCAACCACCCUCGCUGGAUCUCUUUCUCUUUGGACAUCAGAAAAAGGCACCCUUUCCCACCUUCCCCAUUGAGGUCAAAUGUACUGUACUUGGGUUACUUGUAAAAGAAUUACUGAGGCUGAAUUUCCACUUCCUGUGGGGGGGGGUCUACCAUCGCCAGUCUUAGGGGCAGUAUUGUGCAUUUUUUUUUUGUAGUGUACACUUAAGCUUUUAAUUGUAAUUGUGUUAUACACAGUGAUGCUUACGUGUAGCUUGAUUCAAAAAGAGAAAAAAAAAGGAUGUUUAUAUACAAUAUACAUUUUUAACUAUGACUUGAGUGCUGAUCUGUCCGAGGCUGGUCAUUUAACCUCUGGUUUCAACAUAACUACAUCUGUAUUUUAUGGAAGGAAAAAACAAACAAACAACACAACCCCUUAUUUCCCAGUGUGCUGCUUUUCCAUUUUCUCUCCCAAGCCUUUUCAGCUCCGUGGGUUUUGCAAAAAUGAUUCCAUGUUGAGCCUGGGAAGAAGCGGGGAGGGGGGGAAAGAGGGCCGAUCCCUGCUUUUAUAGGUCAAGUGCAAGGUGAUUGUUUGGUGUUAUUGUGAUAGCACUUUCAAAGGGUGCUCAAGUGGCUUAGCCACACUCACCACCUUUUGAGUAGAGCUGGGGCGAGUACAGAACGAGAGUUGAGAGUUGAUGGCAAAAGGGCGUGCAAGGAAGAACAUUUUUUUUUUUUUUUUGCUUCUACGAUUUUCAAUUUCUACCUCUUAACCGGGGAAAGAAAAUGAAAUCGUUAACGGCUUUGCUUUCUGUUUGGGAGAAAAGGGGAGAAAAAAAAAAGAUUGCAAAUGCUACUGCAGCAUGUGUCUGUCCUCUGUUCCCUUCUUCCUUGCUCUUCCCUCUGCCUGAUUUGUAGGGUUCUUUCACCCGUGCAAAAAGCAUUUUUUUGUGAAGCUGAGUUUGUACUUUAAGCAGCAGUGUGAGAGGAGACCAAUCCGUGGGUUUUUGUCUGCUCUACCAAGUGUCUUCUAUGUAUACCUGAACUCUGGAGUACAACUUUGCACAAGUAACCCAUGUAAGAAACUGUACAUUUUUCAAUUACUUGUAAAUAAAUGUGUAACCGAAAUGCU